UCGAGCAUGGCCGGUGGUGCUCUCCAGGCGGCCCUCGCCGCCGCGCUACUGCUCGCUGGCUGCGGAGGACGCUGCACCGCCGGCGUCGGCGUUCACGACGGAGGCGGCGGCGCGCCCCCGCCCUCGUCCGCGGCGCUGGACGGCGACGACCAGCGGCAGCUGAAGCUGGACGCCGUGCGGCACCAGAUCCUCUCCAAGCUGAGCCUCCGGGAGCGGCCGCCCCAACACCGGGAGUCCGCGCCGCCGCUGGCCCGCGAACUGGCCCUCGAGGCACUGCGCAGGGUGCACCUGCUGCCCGAACCGCGCGCUCUGGAGGACCAAGGGGCGCCCGACCCGAGGCAGGAGGACGACUACUACGGACGCACGGCCGAGAUCAUCGCCUUCGCCGAACCCGGGCUGACGGUGAACGGUCAUGUGCUGCUGGACUUCCACCAGAACCCCGACCGGCCCACGCACCGGCUGCGCGUGGUGUCGGCCUCGCUGUGGCUGUACGUGCGUAGCCGCGGCUCCUCGUCUCCUUCGGCCAGCAACCGGACGGCCACCCUGUACGUGUUCCGGGUGGCCGAGUCCAACAGCAGCAGCGCCCCGCUCAGCGGAGGCAUGGACCUGCUGGCCGCGCUCGAGGUGGACGCCAGUGCCGCCUCGCACGGCUGGAGGCGCGUGGACCUGCGCGCGGCCGUCCAGCACUGGUUUGCACCCGCGGCGGGCCACCACGGACACAACGCGCGCAAGAAGCUCACGCUGCUCGUCGACUGCGUGGGCUGCGGGCCAGCUGGCAUACAGGUGGCGCAGUUCGAGCGGCGGCAGCGGCGGCGUCCCUUCCUGGCCGUGGCCACCGAGGCACUGGUGUCGCGGCGGCGCGGCCGGCGGUUCACCAUCACCUGCGGCGAAGGGGUGACGCAGUGCUGCAAGCAGUCGCUGUACGUGAGCUUCGAGGACCUCGGCUGGGACGAUUGGAUCAUCGCGCCCAAGGGCUACUUCGCCAACUACUGCAUGGGCGAGUGCGCGGGCCGGCCCCGGACGCCCGACAUGUUCCGCUACUUCCACGCGCACGUGCUCGAGGAGUACCGGCUGCGCAACCCGUAUGCCUCGGUGUCGCCCUGCUGCGCGCCCACCAAGCUGUCGCCCAUGUCGCUCAUCUACUUCGACCGAGACCACAACAUCAUCAAGUCGGACCUGCCCAAGAUGAUCGUCGACGAGUGCGGCUGCACGUAGCGCUCGCCUGCGUAGGACUCCAAGAAAUUCUUUCACG